AGAUUACUUAUCUUUUGGAACAGAACUUAGCUGCGGCUUUUCAUACUUGUGCCUUCAGUUGCAAUGGAUCCAACUCAGACCGACAGCGAUCCACGUCCUUUGGAUUUCUCAAGAUUUGAUUAUGAAGUUACAUCACUUAACGUCGAACGCCGGAUGUCUCAGGAGGCGAGGAAUUUAUCUGAGCUGUCUUCUGCAUCAGGUUCACCUCGCCAUCCUUCUGUGAUCCUCGAAGACUUAAGGACAGAUGACUGUCAAGAUAAUCUAUGUUCUACCGGUGGAAGGUCUGGUGCGACCUCUCCAAGGGCAUCCAGUGGUGGCGAGUCCCAUUCUAUAGCGACAGAAGGUUGGGAAGCCUUAAACCGCUCAUUGGUGUACUUCCAAGGCCAACCGGUUGGGACCAUUGCUGCAUUAGACCAUACAGAAGAAGCACUUAACUACAAUCAGGUGUUUGUGAGGGAUUUUGUCUCUAGUGGCUUGGCAUAUCUGAUGAAUGGGGAGCCAGAAAUUGUCAAAAACUUCCUCCUGAAAACACUCCAACUUCAAUCACGGGAGAAAAGGGUGGACUGCUUCAAGUUAGGGGAAGGUGCAAUGCCAGCAAGCUUCAAAGUUUUGCAUGACCCAGUUCGUCAAGAAGAAGGUUUAAUUGCUGAUUUUGGGGAAGCUGCUAUCGGAAGAGUAGCUCCUGUUGAUUCUGGCUUUUGGUGGAUCAUAUUGCUUCGUGCAUACACAAAAUCCACAGGUGACGCUUCCUUGGCUGAAAUGCCUGAAUGCCAAAAGGGCAUGCGGCUUAUUUUGUCUUUGAGUCUCUCUGAAGGUUUUGAUACAUAUCCCACUUUACUCUGUGCUGAUGGCUGUUGUAUGAUAGACCGUAGAAUGGGAAUUUAUGGUUACCCCAUUGAAAUACAAGCACUGUUCUUUAUGGCCUUAAGCUGUGCCUUGGUUUUGCUCAAGCAUGAUGAAGAGGGGAAGGAAUUUGCGGAUCGGAUAGCUAAGCGCCUUCAUGCCUUGAGCUAUCACUUGAGAAGUUACUUUUGGCUUGACUUUCGUCAACUUAAUGACAUUUAUCGGUAUAAAACGGAGGAAUAUUCUCAUACGGCAGUUAACAAAUUCAAUGUGAUGCCUGACUCUCUUCCAGACUGGGUAUUUGAUUUUAUGCCAACCCGUGGUGGUUACUUCAUUGGAAAUGUUAGUCCUGCUAGAAUGGACUGCCGUUGGUUUUGCUUGGGUAAUUGUAUGGCAAUUUUAUCAUCAUUAGCAACACCAGAUCAGUCUGCAGCUAUUAUGGAUCUUCUGGAAGAACGUUGGGCAGAAUUGGUUGGAGAAAUGCCUAUGAAGGUCUGUUAUCCAGCGAUAGAAAGUCAUGAAUGGCGAAUAGUUACUGGUUGUGAUCCGAAAAACACUAGAUGGAGCUACCACAAUGGGGGAUCUUGGCCGGUGCUACUUUGGCUUGUAGCUGCUGCAUGCAUUAAGACUGGACGACCCCAAGUAGCAAGACGUGCUGUCGAGCUUGCAGAAUGCCGGCUGCUGAAGGAUAACUGGCCUGAAUAUUACGAUGGAAAGCAAGGGAGGUACGUUGGGAAGCAAGCUCGACAGUUCCAAACCUGGUCCAUUGCUGGUUACUUGGUUGCUAAAAUGAUGCUUGAGGAUCCCUUGCUCCUGGGCAUCAUAGCACUGGAGGAUGAUAGACAGACGCAACCUCCUCUCCAACGAUGGGUUUCGUGGAGAGGGUAAUUAAUGCAUCAGCGAUUGUCUUGUUUUGCUUAUGAUCCUCAACAAACACUAAGCCAAGGUAGGCCACAUGGUGCUCUCCUGCACGCCUCUUGAAGACAUCUAAUUGCUCGGAAAUUUUGGAGUCGGAAAUUAUUAUUGGUCCUGCACUGCUUCAAGAGGGCAUAAUUCAGCGCUUUUGCAGUUUCACGACUAUUCUCAAAAUUUUUCGUUUCAUGCAUUUAUCUUCUGAAUCUGCCAACUGUAUAAGAGAGAGCGGUACUGAUGGUGACUCGUAAAUUCUUAUAUUGCAUGCUCUGUGAACCAUAUUCCAUGGAAUUCUUCAAACAUUCCAGAUUACA